AGGUUCGGAUCGCUGCAGUCGAGGCCCUGUGUAUGCUGGCUCAGUCCUCGCCUUCCUUCGCGGAGAAAUGCCUGGAUUUUCUGGUUGACAUGUUUAAUGAUGAAAUUGAGGAGGUGAGGUUGCAGUCAAUACACACCAUGAGGAAAAUUUCCAACAACAUCACACUGAGGGAGGACCAGCUGGAUACUGUGUUGGCUGUCUUGGAGGAUUCUUCAAGGGAUAUUCGGGAAGCACUUCAUGAACUGCUGUGUUGCACCAACGUGUCGACUAAGGAAGGCAUCCAUCUGGCACUGGUGGAGCUGCUGAAAAACCUGACCAAGUAUCCCACCGACAGAGAAUCCAUAUGGAAAUGCUUGAAGUUCCUGGGCAGCAGACAUCCCACUUUGGUGCUUCCCUUAGUCCCAGAGCUGCUGAGCACACACCCAUUCUUUGACACUCCAGAACCAGACAUGGAUGACCCAGCCUACAUUGCUGUUCUGGUUCUGAUUUUCAAUGCUGCUAAAAGUUGCCCAACGAUGCCUGCCCUGUUCUCUGAUCACACGUUCAGACAUUAUGCCUACCUUCGGGACAGCCUCUCUCAUCUGGUCCCUCCCUUAAGAUUGCCAGGCAGGAAGCUGGUGUCCUCCCCUGUCUCUCCCAGCAUCACACCACAUGAAGAUCCUUCGCAGCAGUUCUUGCAUCAGAGCCUGGAGAGGGUUUACAACCUUCAGCACCUCGAUCCACAGGGCAUCCAGGAGCUGCUGGAAUUCACCAUCCGUGAUCUUCAGAGGCUUGGAGAGCUGCAGUCAGAGCUGGCAGGGAUGGCAGACUUCACUGCAACUUACCUGCAGUGUCAGCUCCUCCUCAUCAAGGUUUGAUUUCACCUGGGGUUUGUUGGGCUGCUCUUUGAAAAUGCCCCCAUCACAGUGGUGCACUUCCCUGUG